AUGGCAGACACACAGUUUGAUAGCGCCUUAGACCUUCUUCGCCGUCUAUCCCCUAGAAACACAAAAGAAAAUUUACAUAACAUCACCACACUGCUUCCUGACUUGACAGAGGAUCUCCUGGCAUCCGUGGACCAACCACUCGAAGUCCGACGAUGCCCCCGAUCAAAGCGCGACUAUUUACUUUGUGACUACAACCGUGACGGAGACAGCUACCGAAGCCCAUGGAGUAACGAAUUUGACCCCCCAAUUGAAGACGGAACAGUACCGAGUGAACGGGUGAGGAAACUGGAAAUUGAAACGAACAAGGCAUUUGAUAUUUACCGGGACCUUUACUAUGAUGGCGGAAUUGGUAGUGUUUAUUUCUGGGACCUUGAUGACGGGUUUGCUGGUGUGGUGUUGCUGAAAAAAGGAAUCACACCUGGUUCCAAGAAUUCUGGCGCCUGGGAUAGUAUCCAUGUUUUUGAGGCUACCGACCGCGGACGAACAUGUCACUAUAAGCUGACAAGCACAGUUAUCCUCCACCUAUCAACCGGUUCGGACACCCUCGGGGAAAUGGACCUGAGCGGCAAUAUGACGAGACAGAUCGAGUCGGAUAUGGCCGUGAACGGCGAUGAGAGCCAUGUAGCAAACGUGGGACGUCUGGUUGAAGAUAUGGAGUUCAAGAUGAGGAACUUGUUACAGGAGGUUUAUUUCGGCAAAGCAAAGGACGUUGUUUCUGAGCUUAGGAGUCUACAACCUUUAUCCGAGACAAACGAAGAGAAGUCCGCCCACCGUAAUGUUAUCAAUGCUAUGAUGAAAUAG